GGCGGAGCCGAGCGCUGUCCGCGGUGCUGAAGGCGGGGCGGGCGCUGUCCGCGGUGCUGCAGGAGCGGCCCUGCCCGCCCCCCCUGCGGCCGGAGCCGUUCCAUGCACCCCGGCUAUGGAGGCCCGCACCGCCGGCUCGGGGGGGGCCGGUUACAACGAGGCCCUACUGCACAAGACAAUCCUGGUGGGAGACAGCGGCGUGGGGAAGACAUCUCUGCUGGUCCAGUUUGACCAGGGCAAGUUCAUCCCUGGCUCCUUCUCUGCUACCGUGGGCAUUGGGUUUACGGUGAUGCUGCUUGGAGACUCGGGCGUGGGGAAAACCUGCUUCCUGCUCCAGUUCAAAGACGGGGCCUUUCUCUCCGGGAUGUUCAUAGCCACCGUGGGCAUAGAUUUCCGGAACAAAGUGGUGUCUGUGGAUGGUGUGAAGGUGAAGUUGCAGCAGAUCUGGGACACAGCAGGACAGGAGCGCUUCCGCAGCGUCACCCAUGCCUACUACAGGGAUGCCCAAGCCCUGCUCCUGCUCUAUGAUAUCACCAGCAAGAUGUCCUUUGACAACAUCCGUGCCUGGCUGACGGAGAUCCAUGAGUACGCCCAGAAGGACGUGGUCAUCAUGCUGCUGGGCAACAAGGCGGAUGUGAGCAGCGAGAGGGCCGUGAGGACAGAGGACGGAGCAUCACUGGCCAGGGAGUACGGGGUGCCUUUCAUGGAGACAAGCGCCAAGACGGGCAUGAACGUGGAGCUGGCAUUCCUGGCCAUUGCCAAGGAGCUGAAGCAGCGCGCGGUGCAGCCGCAGGACGAGCCCCGCUUCCAGAUCCACGAGUACAUCGAGGCGCAGCAGAGGAAAUCCAGCUGCUGUGCCUUCGCCUGAGAGCUAAGGGGGAGGCAGGA